UGGCGCAGUCGACGCGCGCAUGCGCUCUGUGUUUGACGUGUGUAGAGUUGACAUUCCGUGUAUUCAGUUUUCUGCUUUGACGUUUCGUAACGUUUGUGUAACAGUUUUUUCAGUGUUUUAUUCUAAUUUAUAACUUGCAUUGGUAAUAAUAAAAAUCAAAAUGGAAAGAAAUGAACGCAAAGCGAACUCUCGUAAUCAUUCGAUCACUAUAGAUCGGGAUUCCAAAUUUAUUUUGCGAAAAGUUUUGCUGGAUUUUACGAUACUUUUUAUAGUUGGUUUCCUGAUCUUAGUGUUCUACCUUUGGGGAACGCCGUAUAAGCGUGGAUUCUUCUGCGACGAUGAAUCACUCAAACACCCCUAUAAAGAAUCGACCGUCACGAAUUUAAUGCUAUACAUCAUUGGAAUCGGCCUUCCAGUACUCACGAUGUGUCUCACUGAGUGGAUCAGGCUACGGGACUACAGAGGCGGUCGAUCCCGAGUGAUCCUCGGCAAGGAGAUACCGGCUUGGGUAUGGGAAGCGUACCGGGUUAUAGGGGUGUUUCUUUUCGGGUGUGCCUGCCAGCAGCUCACGACCGACGUCGCGAAAUACACUAUAGGGAGACUGAGGCCGCAUUUCUUCUAUGUAUGUAAGCCGGAUAUUGACUGCGCUCUGCCGGAGAAUAAAUGGCGGUAUAUUGAGAAGUUCACUUGCCUCGGAACUGAUGAUAAGCUGAAGAAGGAGAUGAGAUUGUCUUUCCCGAGUGGACAUUCCUCUUUCUCCGCGUAUACCAUGUUCUACUUUGCGAUGUAUCUUCACAAACGCUUCACAUGGCGUGGUUCGAAGCUCCUGCGCCACGGUAUCCAGUUCGUCUUGAUAAUGAUGGCGUGGUACACGGUGAUGACUCGAGUGUCCGACUACAAACACCACUGGAGUGACGUGCUCGCGGGCUUCAGCAUUGGGCUCAUAUACGCUGCUGUUGUGUUCACUUUCAUAUCCGAUCUCCGCAAGACGCCGCGCAGACAGACAGUCAACCACCACGACAACGAGCUGACCACCAACGGCAACACACGGUCAGCAACCGGGUGGAAUGUUUGACACUCCCCCGACUCCCGCAGCUCGUUGAGCGAGGAGCCAUGACCACCGAACGUGUCAUGGAUAUCCCAUGAAUACAUGGACUUGUAACGAAAUUGCUUACGUAAGCAUUUUCCAUUUUUUUACACAUAAAAGUGAGACAGUGGUCAUUUUGAACUAUUUGGUAUUCGAUAACUUGUGAAUGACGCAUGAAUAACAAAUUCGGAUGCGUCCCGUUUGUCAUUUGACAGCUAAUGUCAAAAUGUUUUGACAUUAGCCGUCAAAAACAAAAAUAAAAUAUCGGACUGUGACAACUUAAAACUGUUUACAGAUAAAUAUUAUCGUUAUACAACUUAAAACAAAUAUUAUUAAAGCGUUACUACAAAUAAAUUAUUUUAUCCAAAUAUUUGAACUAAAAACGAAAUGACGUAAAAUGCAACGUAAAAUAUACUUAUGUAUG